CAAAGAAUAGUGUCAGUGUGAUGCUACCUCUUUAAAUCUCCCUUUUGAUUAAAAAAAACACCUCACAGCCAAUCGUAAAGUCCUGAGUCCUGAGGACAGACUCAUAUCAGGCAGCGUCACUGCACCGACCCCUUCUUCCCUGCAGGAUGCUCCUCUUUCUGGGCCUGGCUUUCUUCCUCUCUGCGAGUUGUUCCAUGGAGAUGAACCAGACCUCCAAGAUACUGGUGCAAGGUGGAGAGCAGUGUUCUGCCUGUGACUUCCGGGAGCACAGCAAGCAGAUGAGGCUCCACAGCAUCAAGUCCCAGAUCCUGAGUAUCCUGAGACUCGAACAGGCUCCCAACAUCAGCCGGGACAUGAUCCGCCAGCUGCUGCCCAAAGCGCCGCCUCUGACGCAGAUCCUGGACCAGUACGACCCGCGCGUGGAGGAAGAGGAGCACGCCACCACGGAGACCAUCAUCACCAUGGCCACUAAGCCUAAUCCCAUGGACCUGGAGGAGUUGUCCUCUUGUUGUCUGUUCAGCCUCAGUCCGAAGAUCCAACCCAAGAACAUCCUGCGCGCUCAGCUGUGGGUUCACCUGCGUCCGGCCGACACAGUGACCACCAUCUUCUUGCAGAUCUCCCACCUCAAACCGGGGAAGGAGGGAAACAACACGCGAGUGCGAGUCCGCUCCCUGAAGAUCGAGGCUGACGCCGGCGCCGGAUCCUGGCAAAGCAUCGACAUCAAAUCUCUGCUUCAGGCCUGGCUGCGCCAACCGGAGAGCAACUACAGCAUCGAGAUCAACGCCUUCGACUCCACCGGAGAAGAUCUGGCCGUCACAUCAGCGGAGCCUGGAGAGGAAGGGCUGCAACCGUUCAUUGAAGUGAAGAUCCUCGACAACCCGAAGAGAUCCCGCCGUGAUUCCAGCCUCAACUGCGACGAGGAUUCUUCAGAAACUCGCUGCUGCCUCUACCCGCUCACCGUGGACUUCGAGGAGUUCGGCUGGGACUGGAUCAUUGCGCCCAAACGCUACCGGGCCAACUACUGCUCCGGGGAAUGUGAGUUCAUGCACCUGCAGCAGUACCCGCAUGCACACCUGGUGAACAAAGCCAACCCUCGAGGCUCCGCGGGACCCUGCUGCACGCCCACCAAGAUGUCGGCCAUCAACAUGCUCUACUUCAACCGCAAAGAGCAGAUCAUCUACGGAAAGAUCCCGUCGAUGGUGGUCGACCACUGCGGAUGUUCCUGAGGGAAACCUGCAGGAGGAAAGCAUGGAGAUAGAAGGAGUAUUUACACAUACAACCACUGCCCAAAAGAACAUAAGGACUACAGACCAAUAGCCCUUACCUCAGUCAUUAUGAAAUCAUUAGAAAUCAUUCUUCUCUGUUUUCUUAUCAGUAUAACAAAAGACAAACUUCAUCCAUACCAAUUUGCAUAUAAGCUAGUUCAGUCAGACAACUCACGUGUUUCUUUAACAUGUUUAUUAGAAGCAGCAUACAGUUGAGUUUGGCGUCUA